AUGUUAACAAAAGAACUAAAUAGCAAAAGACCCGUGAACUAGUUCACUUAAUUUGUAUUAUGGAACGCUCAGCUGUAGAUUUACGCUUAUAAUUUUUUUUUACUGUUUGCAGUCGCUAUUUAUUUGUAUAGUAAACAAUUUUAAAUUUUGUAACUCAUCAAAGUGAUCAAUCAUAUAAAAAUAAAUAUGUACGUUACUCACAAUUUCUGCACACUAUUAUAUAAAAAGAACACGGCUGUAUAAAGUAAUACUGGAUUAUUAGGUCAUAUGGAGAUAAAAUGCAUGGAUCGCGAAGAGUGAUAACUUUUUGUAUACUGACAACUAUUUUACCAACAAUACUCAUAGUUUUGCCAUUAUAUUUAAGAAAUAUAAAAUAUGCAGACGUCAUGUAUAAAAUUUCGGACUCUGAUGUUAUACAAAUUCAUAAAGGUCAGUCAUCAGUUUUUUGUGAGAAGCAUUCUUUAACAAUGAAUACAAGUUUUAAUGCAUUCCAAAUGAAAGGGAAACCUGAAUUAUCAGAUAAAAAGAAACAUAUAAGACUAAGAAAAUCAAUGACAUUACCUGAUGAUACCUUAGAGUAUUGGGGUUUUUAUUUGUUUAAAGGUGCUAGUGUUGAAUUGAAAGCAUGUUCUCGUUACGAGGGCUCCAAGAUACUGGUAGUUAAAGGAGAUAAAAUAUUAAAUACCUGUGGUAUUUUAGAAGGAGACAAAUAUAAGAAAUCUCAUCCUACUUUAAAAAACCAAGGACAUGUAUUAGUAACAUUAGAAAAUCCUAAUGAGAAUCAAAACAAAACAUCCAUACAAAUAGUUGAAAAUAAAAGUGAUAAUGGUGAGUGGAUUGAUAAAGAUGAUGAUGAUGUUUUGAGUUUUGGAGGGAUGUCAAAUUCAACUAAGAUGGACCAGUUUAAUACACCAUCACCAACACGAAAGAAGAGAGACACAGUUCCAAAAAAGUUACACAAUCCUAACACAGUUCUAGAUACCGGUGUACAUCAUGGUGGAAAUGCCUUUAAUAAUACAAUGAAAUCUCCACAAGAUAGUUCUGUUUCCAGUUUCGAAAAUAAUUUACAUGAGUGUUAUCAAAAUAAUAUUCUUAUAAAUAAUUUUUUCCCAUUUUCAAUCCAGUGCAACAGCACAAAAUAUUUAGAAAGAACUACUACACUGAAAGUGACACAUGAUGUUCUAUUAGAUGGAUAUUUUUAUUAUAUAUUUUACAGUGAUAAUGAUUUUGUUCUCAAUGACAUUCAUGCAAUUUUUGAUAUUUAUAAACCAACAUUCCAAUAUACAAAUAUGUCUGAAACAAAAGUAUGCAUAAAUAAAACCAAAUGUGAGUUUGAUGUUAGCUUUUUUAGUGAUGAACUAGUCAUUGUAGAAGUGCCUACAAGAGAUGGUUUAACAUAUGACGAUGAUGAUUCUUCCAUUCUAGUAUCAGUAUGUCACCCUCGAAUGUCUGUUUAUAUACUGUUCCCUAUAUCUGUACUAUUACUCAUUCUACUUUUUGCUUUCUUAUGAUACUUAUUUAAAGUGUUAUUUCAUUAUUAUAUAAUUCAAAUGAACAUUACCAGAAAUGUGAUAUUAAUUUAUUAAGAUUAAUUAAUAAGCUUCUUUGUAUAUAAUUUAUAAAUAUAUUGACUUGACUAUUGUUAA